UUCAGCCGACCCAAACGAACCUGUGGUCUUAGGCACCUCCCCUACCCCUUCCCUCAGUACCUCUUCUUUUAUGUAGCCUGCCCCGUUUUCCUGUCUGGACGCUCCAUGGUCAUUCUGAGAACUUGUACCUAACUAUCACCUCCCAGAUACCGAGAACCCAGCAACGAAUUUUUGGAUUUUGCCACCAAAUCCAAAAUACUUCUCAAACCUGUCGCGUCUCUGUCUUCUGCUGUCACCCUGGCCACGUUGCCACAGCCUGCAGUCUUUUCUGCCCGGUUGCCCCCCUGCCAUCCCGACUCAACAGCAACUGGAGCGAUCAUUUAAAUGUAAAUCAGCUGGUGUCAUUCCGUGCCCACAAGCCUUGGAUGACCCGUCACAGCGUUUGUGGUAGAACCCAGACUCCUUGCCCUGGCCGUUGUGCAUCAUGAAAGAUGAGCCAGAAGAGGCAGAGCUGAUUUUGCAUGAUGCUCUUCGUCUUGCCCACAAGAGUCACAACACAAAAGCCAUUGCUUACACUUACGACCUGGUAACUCCUCUGUCCAGUCUGAACCGCCGACGAUGGUGCAGAAGGGCUAUGGCGAACUUAGCAUUUAUAAGGGGUCAGCUUGAAAACGCAGAAAAACUUUUUAAAGCAACAAUGAGUUACCUGCUUGGAGGGGGCAUGCAACAGGAAGACAAUGCAAUCAUAGAGAUCUCCCUAAAGCUGGCCACUAUUUACGCUGCUCAGAGUAGACAGGAACUGGCUCUUGCUGGCUAUGAAUUCUGCAUUUCAACUCUUGAGGAGAAAAUUGAACGAGAAAGGGAAUUAUCGGAAGACGUUCUGUCAGCGGACGACAAGGCCAACACACGGCUCCUUCUGGGCAUGUGUCUGGACACCUACGCGCGCUACCUGCUCUUCUCCCAGCAGCCAUCUCAGGCACAGAGGAUGUAUGAAAAAGCUCUGCAGAUUUCUGAGGAAAUACUCGGAGAAAGACACCCACAGACCAUCGUGCUGCUCAAUGACCUGGCCACUACCCUGGACACACAGGGCCACACUGGCGAGGCCUGUGUUCACGCACAGAGGGCGUCAGACCUGGCGAGGCAGGUGGGACACCCUGAACUGCACGUGCUGCUCAGCAACCUGGCUGCAGUCCUGACACAUAGAGAACUGUACGCACAAGCAGAAGAGACCUAUAGGGAAGCACUGAGGCAAGCGGAACUGAAGAGAGACGAGGCUUCUGUGCAGCACAUCAGGGAAGAGCUGGCCGAGCUGGCAAGAAAAAGCAGACCUUUGUCAUGACUGAUACCUCUGUUCCAGUCCUGGCGGCCCCCAGUCAGUGGCUUAAAUCCUCUGUCCAUGACAUGCACGUCCCCUCAACUAAGCCUUGGUGGAGGACAAGCUGUGCUGUUUGUUUUGCACACCCCCCCUCCCCUGACUGACUGUUUCUCAGGACUGCUGUCAGGCGGUGUUCUAUUCUAACGGAUGGUUGGGGAGGUGCUGAACCGUGCCAGAUUGAGGGGCCAGCGUUCAUCUGGGGUGCGGGCAUCUCUACUAUAAGGUUUUGGUUCAUUGAUUUGCUGCUAUGUCUUAUUUUAUCAAGACCUGGCAGACCAGAGCUACCAGUCUCAUGAUGGCGAGUUGCUUGCUCUCAUUCUCUGUCUCAUGAAGACCACUGUGGGAUUUAAUGCAUAGAAGAGUAGUAUCUUGGUUGCCACAAAGCAUCAGAUGUGAAGCUUUAAAGUGGGAAUCGGGUACUUGGAAGUAGUAGCAUGCCCUUUAGAUUAUAUAUAAAAGUGGACUAAGUGAACUGCCUGUUUUUGUACCUAUCUGGUUGUAGACUACUGUGAAAAAAGGAGAAAAAGGAAUGACAAUUCCUACGGUCUCUCCCCUCUGAGUAUGCACCCCCUCUGGACCCAGUCACAGGUCAGAGUUGUCUGAGGGCUGCCAGGUCCCCUGGCUCAGAGGGGAACCCUGGGGGUGUCAUAGUGACAGUAAUGGGGCCAUAGAGGAAGCACUGCCUGGACCCCAGCCCUAGCUCUCGGAGUUUUGGUUCUCAGUCUCCCCGUGGGGGUCUUUGGACUCUUUCAGCCCCAGGAGAAGGUCAGUGGCCUAACCUGAAUGGUGUGUCUUGAGCGUUGUCCCUGCCUCGGGGCAGGUCGGCAGUCCUUCCGGUGUGGGGGCGGGGAGGAUAAACUGGUACCUUUGGCUCCUGUGUACACACGAAGGCUCCCUUCCUAAUAAACCGGGAGAUGCCACAACA